CUCCCAGUCGAGAAUCUAGUUGAAAAUUCUUCUAUUUAAGUACAGCAAUUGAUCGAACGUGGGUUCUCUAUAAAAUUGUAACGAUUGUUUUUUUCCAAAAAAAAAUGCCCAAAACACUCUUUCGACAAAAUAUUUUCAUGUAAAAUUCUAAGUAGAAUUUAUUAAAAAUUGUUGAAUUUUUCAACGUAUGACAUUGACAGAUAGCGAUAUGUGUGACGUGCCGCAUUAUCAGUGUUUUAAAUUUUGUUUUAUUAUCAAAAAUCACAAUAAAUUUGCGUCUUCAGACUACAGUUUACAAUACACAUUGACAAAAUUUUCCAACAACAAACUGCAUGUAACGAGUACAGAUUCCAAUAAAAAUUACUACAGGUUAACAAAAUCUUGUUGCUUUGACAGAUUAUGGAACUUGUCUUUCGUUAAAUCAAUCAGCUAACAUGAGUGAUAACGAAGAUUAUGUACCUAUGUGUAGUAGCAGUACAUCAAAUCCUGUACCAAGCUGUAGCAAAAUUGAUCCAGUUCCGAGUAGUAGUAAAUCAAUGACAAUGCCAAAUUGUAGCGCUGUCAGUCGAAGCAAGAGUUCAGGACUAUCUAAUGAAGAUGAAGAAUUGACACUUCCUCGUGCAUCAGUUAAUAAAAUGAUAAAAGAUGCUUUACCAAACAUUCGUGUGGCUAAUGAUGUACGUGAAAUGAUAAUGAACUGUUGUACUGAAUUUAUUCAUUUAGUAUCAUCAGAAGCUAAUCAAGUGUGUAUGGCCCAACAAAAGAAAACAAUUAAUGCCGAACACUUAUUAACUGCAUUAGACCAUUUGGGCUUCGGUGAUUAUCGACAACAAGCUGAAGAAGUUGUUAAAGAUUGCAAAUCUAAAAGAAGACGACAGAGUACAAGACUGGAAAAUUUAGGUAUACCAGAAGAAGAAUUAUAUCGACAGCAACAAGAACUAUUUGCUAAAGCAAGAGAAGAACAGAUGGCGCAAGAACAGCAACAAUGGCAAGAAUUACAAGCAGCAGCCCAAAGAGCAGCAAUUAAACCUAAGACUGAGGAAAGUAGUGACGAUGAUGAUGACUAUUCUUAAUAUUUGUUCAUUGUACUCUUAAAAGUUGUUUUGUUUCUUUUGUUAAUAAUUUAAGAGAAAAAUCUGAUAAUAAUAAGUUAAGUUAUUUUGCUAUGUUUUGUAAUGUUAUCAAGUAAAAAACUACCUUUGUAAAAACCAUAAACUUUUUUGAUAUGUUAUCUUAA